GUUCUGUUUAUAUAAAACCUUUAACAAUGGCCCGAAUGAAUCGCCCAGCCCCAGUGGAGAUCACUUACAAGAACAUGAGAUUCCUCAUCACUCACAACCCCACCAAUGCAACCUUGAACAAAUUCAUAGAGGAACUGAAAAAAUAUGGAGUUACUACAGUGGUGAGGGUGUGUGAAGCCACCUAUGAUGCAUCUCUAGUGGAAAAGGAAGGCAUUCAGGUUUUAGAUUGGCCCUUUGAUGAUGGAGCCCCACCUUCAAAUCAGAUUGUGGAUGAUUGGCUGAACCUUGUGAAAGUUAAGUUCCGUGAGGAGCCUGGUUGUUGUAUUGCUGUUCAUUGUGUAGCUGGACUUGGAAGAGCUCCAGUCCUGGUUGCCCUUGCACUGAUUGAGUGUGGGAUGAAAUAUGAAGAUGCAGUCCAGUUCAUAAGACAGAAGCGCAGGGGUGCAUUCAAUAGCAAACAGCUGCUCUACCUGGAGAAAUAUCGUCCAAAGAUGCGGCUCCGAUUCAAAGAUUCCAACGGUCACCGGACCAACUGCUGCAUUCAGUGAAGGGAAGGCAAUCCCUACUGCUAAAGAAAAGCGGAGACUGGUGUUGAUAUGUGGCCCCUGUCUGAGGAUUCAUUUUAUAGAUGUGGUUUACCCCCCCCCCCCCCCCCCCCCAGUAAUGGUCAUUGGGCACUUCCAUAGGAGUUGUACGAAGGACACAUGCUUGGCAGGAAUGCUGUUGCUACCUUCAUAUCCAUUUAGAUUAAUCUACCUUUUUGUGGCUUUAUAUGUUGCUGCUGUAUAUUAUUAUUUUUUAUUUAUUUAUUUAUUUUUUUUUUUUUAAGUCCCUCCCCCCACUUUUAAAGUUCAAGCAUUUGGUGUCUCCCAUUAAAAUCAUGCAUUAACAAAUGUUUAGGACCUAUUUUUGCAUUCCCCUUCUCUCUGCAAAUUAGGAGCAUAUAAAAUGUAGGUGCCACAUUUCUUGCAUGAUGCUUUAUAGUUGGUGAUUUUCUAGAGGUGCAGACUAGCUUGACUGGUCUUUUUUUUUUUUUUUUUUUUUGAAGGAAUGGUUUGGGGGAGGGGACCUGUAAAACACAACCGGCUGCUCAGUUUAUACACCUAACCAGUUUUAAAACUAGUGGGUGGGCCAUCUUUGCACAAAACACACUUUGUAUAUUGUCUUAAUUGUUUGUCACUUCUGCUACCAGUUAACAGUUUUCCAAUAUUAUCCUUUAGUCACUACCUUAGAGCUGUACCCUUUUUGUUUUACUGGAUAGAAGCACAUGCUUUUAAUGGAUUUGUCAUAUAUUAAAGCCUUAGUUUAAAAGGAACAUGGCACUCUGGUGAAGCUAGAUAGGGAGGGCCAGAUACAUAACAUUGGGAGGGGCUAUUUAAUAUUUGUAUCUGAAAAAAUAAAUUGUUGCCUUUUGUCUUGUGCAGGAAGUGUAUUAGAAGUAUGCCCUUAACUAAAUAUUUAAUAUACAAAAGCUUUGUUGUAGCUAAUAAUUCUUAUUGUACAAUGAUCUUCUGAACUUAUUAUUUUUUUUUAUCUAUCUAUCAACUUUGUUUACCAGCUACUGCUUUGUCUAAAAUGUGAUUUCUUCGGUUUUGGCUUCAAAUUGCAGACUUCAAUGUCUACAGUAUGUUGUAUGCCUUUUUUAUUUGAUCUGCAUAACUUAAUACUUGAUAAUUUUGUUAUGUAUUUGAAAUGGUGAUGUGUGUUAAUGUUAGAUCAACAAUAUUUAUACUGUCUAUGGGAACGUGUGGUAUAGUACUGUGGGAGAAGUAAUUUGCCAGUGUUCACCAGCUUGUUUUAAAAUCUAGUGCAAAAGCUUGUACUUCUAAAUAAACACUGAAAAUGAA